GUUCCACUCGUUUCACCGCUUCCCGCUGCGCCCACGCGCGGUUGAGCCAUAGCAACUCGCCGAGUUGCUCGCCGAGUCGCCUGCCAUGAUGACCCAGAACCCCAUGAACCAGCACCUGAUCUGGCGGAAGCCUCCAGAGCAUGUGCUGGACCCGCUGAUGGUAGAGCACUUGCCUUCAAACCCACCAGCUGUCGGAGACGCCUCACUGCAGCACUGGAUCAACCGAGUGCGCUGGCACGCGGAUCGGGCGAUCCUGGCGGGGCAGGCGGCCACCAAGGCCCAGGACAUUGCCGAGGAGGCGGCGAAGAAGGUCAUCCAGAUGGCUGACGGGGUACUGCCAGAUGCGGUGAACAUGAGCGCGCACACGGCGCGCUUCAAGACCGGCGGGGAUGAGGCUGCGAGAGAGGAAGGUGUGAGUGCCAUGAAGAGCGACCAGGAGAUGAGCCGCCAGGCGUCCCAGGACCUCCCGUCUGCGGAGGCGCAGAGGAGAGCCGCCAACCGGGCGGACAUGGAUACCAUGCCCGUGCAGCGGGGCCUCUCAGAGUUGACGGCUUUGGCCUCCUGGGGCAACCUGAAACCCCAGGACAGGCUGAAGCGGCGCUGUGGCCGCUUCCUGGGCACCGCGGAGCUGUGACAAAA